UACAAGACCAUGCUAAGCCACCCUAUCUGCCUUUCCAAAAUCUUCUACAACGAAACCAACCUCGCCAUUCAUCGCCAUGUCGGAUUAUCCAACUCAAGAGGCCAUCUACGGCGCCGUCGGAAGCGUAGAUGAAUAUUCAAGUGCCAGUUUGAUCUACGGCACACAAAGCUCCGAUGUCUGUGAAGAUGAAGAGUAUAUUGCCAGCUUUGAUCUGGAUAUUCUGGCAGCCGUACUAUGGCCUGAGUCGAGCGUUGAAGGAGCAGCAUCCGACUCGGCGUCUCCUGAAGGCAUUUUCAGUGCCACAUCUCUCUGUUCGCAAGACGAGGAUUUCUUGGGUCUUGGCGCAGUCAAUCCAAAUGACAUGUUUAACAGUAAGAGACAACCGCCAUACCCAUCGUCUCACACCACAGAAGGAUAUUGCGAGCAACAAGAUAGUUCCUCCUAUUUCUAUCAGCCACAGUUGGACCUUUCUCAAUAUGAUGAGAAACUGGGAGAAUCUUUUCAGCAAGUGAGUAUUUCUCAACCAUGCGAUCAGCAUUCUGGAUAUGACCACCAAAUGGAUGUAUACCAGCUACCUCAUCAACAAUCGGGUAUUUCUCUUGAGUGGAACCAAAAGUUUAAUGCCCUCCAUCGCCAAAGCGGUGCGGCUACAGAUUGUGUGCCUGGAAGUGGCACUUCAAAUAAACGGAAAGGCUAUCGACAUCGGCAUCAGCGUCAGUUCCUCAACAGUGCUGAAAAACGAGAUCAUCGGUCCCGCGUCCUCAACAACGAGGCUUCGGUUAUUUACCGAAGGAAGAUGCGCGAUCUCCACGACAAAGCUCGCAUGGAGCUGAAUAGCCUUGAGCAGAGGAACCAACAACUGACACAUAGGUUCCGCCUCCUUCAAAAUUUCUGCUCCUACUACAAGACUCGCUUGGAGGCUCUCGGUGUUCCAGCGAGAAGCAGCUGCUAAUAGCCACCUGAAUUCCUUAGAUCAAGUGGUCCAACUACUUAUCGAAUAUACUUGCUGAAUAUUUAAUUGUCGAUUACAUCUCUUUUCAUUUGUGUUUUUCUAAUGAUUUUUCUGUAUAUAUAAACUGACCUGCAACUCUAAAGAUAUUUAUUGGAAUGAUAGUAGGACAGAAAAGUCUCGACGUCAAACAUCUCUCUGGGAAGUAAGAAUACAGCUAACUUUAUUUAUGUAUA